AUGAGGAAUCCAGACCUUGUACUGCCUCCACCUUCCGCUGUUCCGUCUCCUGAGGAAUUUGAUGUUGAAUCGAUCUUGGAUUCAAGGUUCCACAAUGGAAAGCUACAGUACCUCAUCCGAUGGCUUGGUUAUACCUCUGAUGAGGACUCUUGGGAGCCAUUCGACCAAGUUCAUGCUCCUCAGAAGGUCCUUGUUGCAGUGGAUCCGGCUCUCUUUAUUCCUGGUUCCAGACUUCAAAGGAGCUUUCCUGUGUGUUCGUGUUCCAGUGAUCCAGUGAUGCAGCGCUCCAAGAAGAAGUCGAUGCCACCUAAGCGGUAUCGGGAGAUCGUGCAGGAGGUGCCAGGCAUGCGGGGAUCUGCAAGGAGAAGCAGAGCAUCAGACAAUGAGGAUGUGGUACCCCCCUGCUAG